AGGCUAAAAGCAGCCGCCGCUGCUGGGCAGGCAGGCCGAGCCGGAGGGCGGGGGCAGCCGCGGCUGCCUUGGAAACCGCGCUGCCUAGACUCAGCCGCCCCUCUCUGGGCAGCCUUGCUGAGGUGCUGGCAGAGUCUGGCAGCCCGCGUUCGUUAGCAGCCGAGAAGGCGCCAUCCUUUUCCCCUGCAGGGCCACAGAGACUGGAAGGUGAAACCGAACUGUAGGCGACUCCAGAGCAUCCGUUGCCCACCUGCGGAGCCAAGCGGCCCAUCAAAGCCAAUUUUGAACUUGAAUUCUGUGCGUCUGAUUGCAGAACUGUGGCGCAGUCUCCAAGCUCAGAGCACCCGGAUCUGCGACCCCCUGUGGACAAAGAUCGGCCAUACUGGGGAGACAAGCUCUCUCAUUGAAGACACCUGUUGCAGAGGCCGGACAUGAAAUAAAGUCCCUACAAGGCUCGGUCCAGGAAACUUGCUCUGGGUAUUCCUGCAAAUUAGGCUUUUUGAAAAGCCUGAGCAUCUUGCACUAAGAUACCCUAUCGCCUUGAGUCAUGGCUAACAUCAUUACACAUGUGGGUAACAGCCGGCGGCAGAAUGUGCCUUUACCUCCUUGGGCCCAUUCGAUGUUGAGGUCUCUGGGGCAGAGUCUCGGUCCUUUAAUGAUCAGCAUGGCAGAAAGAAACAUGAAGUUGUUCUCGGGGAGGGUGGUGCCAGCCCAGGGGGAAGAAACCUUUGAAAACUGGCUGACCCAAGUCAAUGGGGUCCUGCCAGAUUGGAAUAUGUCAGAACAACAAAAGCUCAACCGCCUGAUGAAAACCCUUAGGGGCCCUGCCCGGGAGGUCAUGCGUUUGCUCCAGGCUGCCAACCCCAACUUGAAUGUGUCGGAUUUUUUGCGAGCAAUGAAACUGGUGUUUGGGGAGUCUCAGAGCAAUGUGACCGCCCAUGGUAAUUUUUUUAACACCCUGCAGGCGGAAGGGGAGAAAGCCUCCCUUUAUGUGAUCCGUCUGGAGGUGCAGCUCCAGAAUGCUAUUCAGGCAGGCAUCCUAGCUGAGAAAGAUGCAAACCAGACUCGACUGCGCCAGCUCCUGGCAGGGGCUGAGCUGAAUAGAGACCUGCGCUUCAGGCUUAAGGAUCUUCUCAGGAUGUAUGCAAAUGAGCAGGAGCAUCUUCCCAAUUUCCUGGAGUUAAUCAGGAUGAUAAGGGAGGAAGAAGAUUGGGAUGACGCUUUUAUUAAACGGAAGCGACCCAAAAGAUCUGAGCCAGUAAUGGAGAGGGCAGCUAGCCCUGUGGCAUUUCAGGGCCCUCAGCCAAUAGAGAUCAGUAAUGCAGACUACAAUGGCAACGUGAUAGAGAUAGAUGAUACCCUUGAUGACUCAGAUGAGGAUGUGAUCCUGGUGGAGUCUGGGGACCCUCCACUGUCAUCCUCAGGCACCCCUCCCAGAGGCAGGGCCAGAUCUCAGGACCAAGUUGUGGUCAUUGAUCCCCCCAGUAAUUAUGGGCCUGAAUCUCCUUCUACCAGUGGCCAUUCUGGGAAUAAGAAUGAUGGUCCUGGGGAUAUUCGUAGAAUCAGGAAGCGAAAGUACAUAAUUCGCUGCUCCUAUUGUGGUAAGGAGGGCCAUUCAAAAGAAACCUGUGUCAAUGAAAGCAACAAGGCCCAGGUUUUUGAGAAUCUGAUCAUCACUCUGCAGGAGCUAACACAUACAGAGGAGAGGGCAAGGGAGGUCUUUCGAGAACACAAGGAUCCUUCUGAGCCACAGUAUGGUGCUAGACCCAGCCCUAAAUGAACCCUUAACUGUAUUCAGAGUCUGAUGCUUGGGAAACUGCAGGUGGGGUGGGGGUGGGGUGCUUCUACCUGCAUGAAUUAAUCCACAAUGAAGUUUUCCUUUGGGAAUAAAAUGAGAUUGUGAAUACCAGUGCAGUGGAGAAGGAUGCCCUGACCUCUGUCCUUGCUCCCUCUUCAGCCUGCUUAAGGGCCUAUUCUCUCUGUGUGUCUUUCUUUGAAGAUUUUAUUCUGUUUAUGAAGAGUAUCUUAAACCUUUCAAAAAUAAAGAAAAAUACAAGAAUGAAAGUAUAAAUUACCUGGAAAUCUCACCCCUGUUAUAACCAUUGUCAGCCCUUUGAUGAAUGUCUUUCUGGAUAUUUGCCUGUACCUGUGUGCCCAAAUAGAUAUAUGUAUAAUGAAAGUGAUCGAAUAUAA